UUUCUUUUGACGUGAAUGAAUUUUACGCUAAAAGUGUUAUUUUUAAUGAAAAAAGUCCCCCGUCUACACACAGUCUGAGAUGUCUUGUGCAGAAUGUUAUUGAGAUAGGAAUAUCUUUAUCUGAACAGCACAAUGAGUAGAAAAAACACUGGAAUUUCUUUAAACCCAACCACUUGGUACCCUGAACACAACAUUUUUCACUCAUUAAAAAUACAUUUCAAAUGUAUGGUGAACACAGGUUGGUUUAAGGAUUCUCCAUGUGCUUUUCACACAGUAGUGAACAGCCACGCUGAAAUGUUUACUUUCCCUAGAUGAGUAAAUGAUGCCAAAUGUUUGAACUUUACGACGUAAGAAAACCUUGCAGCUUUAUUUUGCAGCUCUUCAACACAAACAUUGCUUCCUCUCUGGGGGGUUGAAACAAAACUAGACUGACGGCUCGACAGCCAAUCAGAACUUGGCCUGAUUUCAAUUUUUCUCACCCUGCUGCGAUUGGUCGAUUUAAUCCCGCCUCUGCGUGAUGAUUGGUCAGGUUUCCCGGCUCUCUGGAAGUCAUUUGAAUAGCAGAGACUGACUUCAGGCUUGAAACAUUCUCGGAUAUCAGCAGAAGAGUCACGACGGAGCUGAGAGCAGCGGAAUAAAGACUUGAAAUACUUCCAUAAACUUUCAUACACGCUGUUUGGAUAUACAUCUCAGGCUGUGAGAACCCUGAGAAUACUACCUUCGACGAAUAGUUGUUUUUCUUUGUAAGGGCUGACGUCACGCUGAGCUGCAUCACAUCGCAGGUGAUUAUGCCUCCCACAACCCCGCCCUACGCCGGAAAGUUCAGCACUUGUGGCCUUUACAGCAACAACAACAACUACCCACAGCCUCACAGCCCUUAUCAUCACGGCACCUGUGCAAAGCCCACCAAGGAAAACAAGGUCUACAAGGGUGCCUACCCUGUGGCGGAGAACCCCUACGACAUACCGCAGGCUCACAGCACGUAUUGUGGCGUGCAUAUGGACUCUGCGAGUAUGAAGGAGCAUCAUUACAACAGCAGGGGUUCUGCUUUGGACAACCUGUACUCCAGUGUACAGCCUCACAGCACUUCCUGUCCCGCACGCAUGCACCGGCAAACCAGCAACAACAGCAGCGGCAGCGAGCAGUCCUGUCGGAGCAACCCCGCCGCAAAAAGUCGGCUUUACGGACACGGCGUCACUGCUAGUUAUGGGGAAAUGUGUUACCACGACAACAGUUUGGUUUCAGCAUCUCUUGAGGCGCUGAUCCAGCAUUUGGUUCCUACAGUAGAUUACUACCCCGAUCGAUCCUACGUCUUUACCUUCCUGCUGAGUUCACGCCUCUUCCUGCACCCCUACGAGCUUAUGACACGAGUUUGUCACCUUUGUGUGGAGCAGCAGCGCUGUGGAGACGCCCUGCUGGACAAGAUACGUUUCUGUGAAGUGGCGCCAAAGCUGGUUCAGCUGCUGACCGAAUGGACAGAGACCUUCCCGUAUGACUUCCGGGAUGAGCGGAUGAUGCGUUGUCUCAAGGACAUGACGCACCAUGUGGCCAGAGGAGACGAGUACUCAUGGCGAGCCAUGCAGCAGAUGACCCAGCGCCUCAUCAAACGCCUGUCAGCUCUGGGCCAAUACGAAGAGGCGACAGCUGCGCUAAACUCUGUGGCGUCUGAGCGUCCCGCCUCCCUGAAGAGCAAGCGGGAAUCUGCGCAAAGAAUGGACAUACUUGCAGUGUGCGAUGACCCCUUCGUCCUCGCCCAGCAGCUCACGCACAUUGAACUAGACAGGCUGAGUUUUAUAGGGCCUGAGGAAUUCAUUCAGACAUUCGCCAUGAAGGACCCUCUGGAGAACCACAAGGGUUUUUUUCGGAAGCGUAAAACCAGUAACCUGGAGGCUUACGUGAACUGGUUCAACAGACUGAGUUUCCUCGUGGCCACAGAAAUAUGUAUGCCAAUGAAGAAGAAACAGCGAGCGCGGAUCAUCGAGUUCUUCAUCGAUGUGGCUCAGGAGUGUUUCAACAUUGGCAAUUUCAACUCCCUGAUGGCCAUCAUCACUGGGAUGAACAUGAGUCCUGUUGCCAGGCUGAAAAAGACCUGGAAUAAAGUCAACACUGACAAGUUUGAAAUCCUGGAGCACCAGAUGGACCCGUCCAGUAACUUCAGUAACUAUCGCACGGCGCUCCGCGGCGCCACUCAGAGGUCGGAGACGGCACACAGCAGUGAGGAGAAGAUUGUCAUUCCUUUCUUCAGUCUCCUCAUCAAAGACAUUUACUUCCUGAAUGAAGGCUGUGCCAGCAGGCUGUCCACUGGACACAUCAACUUUGAGAAACUGUGGGAUCUGGCCAAGCAAGUGAGUGAGUUCCUGGUUUGGCGGCAGGUCAUCUGCCCCUUUGAUCGAGAUCGCAGAAUUCUUCAGUAUGUCGUCACCACCCCAGUCUUCUCUGAAGACGAGCUCCACCUGGCUUCUUACGAGAGUGAAGGACCAGAGAACAACAUGGAGAAGGACAGUCGUCGUUCUCUCCGAUCUUCUCUUCUGCAUCGAGAGAAUCGGUGAUGCGGACAAUCUCUUCUACUGCUGAAAAUCCACUUUCUUCUCAGCCCAACAACACAAGGGAGACCACCUGCUUCCAGGAGGACGGUUUUGAGCGCUUCAUCUUUAACGGCAUCAGUUCAAAAUGUCAGCAUGAAUUACCGCUCCGAAUGCUCCUCGGUGCACUUUGACCCUGUUUUGGUGACGUCAUGCCAGCUAAGCGAUGCACUUCCUCUUGUCCUCAACAUCCUCCAGGGAGCAUCUUCUACCUACAUACAUGCAUUUUGUAUCAACAAUGAAGUCUUUUUCUUCCUGAUGUAUAUAAACACGUUUUGUAAAGUGCUUUUUUAUGUUCCAUCUUUCCUGUGUAUUUUGUGUCUAUGGGUACUUUUACUGAGUCCUUUGUGAAAACAGAGUUAUAUAUUUUUGUCUCUUCAAUAAAGUGAAAAAAAACAA